AUGGAGGGAUGUCUGGGAGACCUCAGGGAUGAAGUCUGUGUGCCUUAUCUGGAUGAUGUCCUUGUUUUCAGCCGCACUUUUGACCAACAUGUGCACAAUGUCCGACAAGUCCUGCAGAGACAGAAAGCCUGUGGGAUAAAGCUCAGGGCUGAAAAAUGUGAGUUAUUCAAGCCACAAGUGACGUAUGUGGGGCGUGUCAUCUCUGCUGAGGGGUACAGGAUGAACCCGAAAGAGGUGGAGGCAGUGAAGGCUCUUACACAGCAGACCCCAGCGACAGAGGGCAGCCUUGUACAACCUAUCCAGCCCCUCUCUAUCCAGGAUAUUCUGGCCCAGCAGAGUGCAGAUCGAGUCAUCCAGAGGAUCUCCAGCCUGAAACGCAAACACGUCCAUCUGAAAUACAGAGAUAAAGCAGCCGAAGAUGAACAUGUCAGAGCUCUCCUGAGGGAAUGGCCAAAGUUGCAGCUGGAUGAAGAUGGACUCCUGUGGAGGAGGACCAACAACAAGACGCAACUUGUGGAAGAAGGCGUGUACUGCACAGGAACCUGCUCUUACCCUGUCCUUACCUGGUUGAACCUGCCCCUGUUGUCCCCAGUCCUAGGAGAAGAGAAAGAGCCAGAGUGUCACCAGGGCGAGGGAGGCGAGCUAGAUGUAACACCCAGCCAGCUAGCUCGGAGAGCUCAAGCGAUGAUGAUUACCACCUCGUCAUGCCACUCAACCCGGCUGCUGUGGAGUUCCAGCCAAGGGCCCCCGUACCCGGACAGCUUGAGCAGAGAGCUGCACCUGUGGAGAGAGCUGAAGAAGCCUUUCCAGAGGCUGAUCCUGAACCAGUGCCGGAGGCAGAGCCAGAAACUCCCACCUCAGACUCCUCUGAGGAAGCUCCAGAGCCCCGCCCAGUCAGAGCCAGACGGCCCAGACGCCUGUACACCUACGAUCAUCUUGGUGAGCCCACUGUCCGAGAACUGCAGAGCUGUCCAGUCGGUGUGUCCAGGCCGGGGCCGAGAUGACCACGGCACCGCCAACCUAUAUCCUUUGCAUGUCGCACUUUGA